AUGGCUAGACAAAGAAGAUCAGCACCAGUUCAAAGAACUCAAACUAGAUCAGCUCAUACCGCAGCUGCUCCAUCUCACUAUGGGCAAGCCCCACCAGCCCGUGCUGCCCAACCAGUCCAAGCUCAAUCACAUCAAGGACCAGGAUUAUUCGGGCAAAUGGCUUCUACUGCCGCAGGUGUCGCUGUUGGUUCCACCAUCGGUCACACUCUUGGUGCUGGUAUAACCUCCAUGUUCGGAGGAGGGUCCUCCGCUGCUCCAGUGGAACAGCAACAGGUUGCAGCUCCAAUUGACCAAUCUCAGUACCAACAACAGGCCAGAUCCUGUGAAGCCGAUGCUUCAUCUUUCACCAGAUGUUUGACUGAGAACAACGGUAACAUGCAAAUCUGUGACUUCUACUUGCAACAGUUGAAGGCAUGUCAAGAAGCCUCCCGUCACUACUAG